CCCCCGUAUUAUAAAACAGUUACCGUAGCGGUAAGUGCUCAUUUGAGCGGUAAGUCUCAAAAGCAGCGGUAACUUUAAGAUAAACGGUAAAUAUCCGUUGCAUAAAAACUUACCGCUGGACUUGAGCGGUAAGUCUAUAAAGAUCAGCGGUAAGUCUAUAAAGAUCAGCGGUAACAUUACCGCUACCCUCUGAGCUUGCGGUAACACUACCGUAACUAUGGCUGCGAUACUGGCUGUGUUGCAGCGUCGUGGAUAUGAAAGGGCGAGGAGGAGGGAGCGGAUCUUCAGAGAUCGCAGCCAGCCGUUGGAGUUGGGGGAUUGUGACAUUUUCCGGAAGUACCGGUUUACUAGGGAUGGUUGUAUGCAUGUUAUCAAUUUGAUUCGGCCCCUGUUGCAGCACGACACCCAACGGAAUCAGGCACUUCCCCCAGAGCUGCAAGUUUUCAUAGCUUUGAAUUUUUAUGCAACGGGGGCAGUGCUUGAUUCCACGGCCACGAUUCAUGGCAUCACCCGCUCAACAGCAUCCAGGGUAAUUCACCGUGUGUCAGUGACCCUCGGCACACUGAAACAUGAGAUAAUCAAGUUUCCAACGACAAUGGAAGAAGUCAACAGAGCCCAAUGGUCGACGGAACACACAUUAGACUAA